AAGAAAACAAACCGAAUACGCAAAUAAAUAAAUAUUUCUCACACAGUAUCCUUUGCAUUUCUUAAUCAUCUAGUUCGCAAGCUUCUAACCAGCGAACGAGGCUUACAUACCUAGGAAUAUAUCAAUUACGUUUCCUCGUCAACAUGUGGAAUGUGAAAGGAGCCCCCCUCGACUCGCCCCCGUAGAUCGUAUAUAAAAUAUGUCAUCUUGUCAAAGAAUCGUCCUCAUCUUUGUCCCCCAGCUACUUCUUAUUUUAUAAAAAGCUGUUUUUUUCCGAUUUGCCGCUGGUGUGUUCCACCUAAUCUUUUCUAUACACAAGUCUCUCCUACGAACCUUACGUAGAAAUCAUGGCCGUUAAGCACUUUGCUAUUUUUGCCUUGGCCGGUGGCGCUUUGGCGCAGAUGUCUAGCAUUGAAAGUGCUAUUUCAUCGCUCGCUAGCGAGGCCACCUCGAUGUCACACUCAACCGAUACCUCAGUCAGUGGUACCGACCCGACUACAGCAGUUUCAGGCACCGGUUCAGAAACUUCGAUGACGAGCGAGAUGAUGACGACGACGUCGAUGCCAGACUCAACCUCGAGCGCCUCAACUAGCCAGGACACUUCGAACAUGAUCGGAUCUUCAAUGUCUAGCGACACCAUGACAGACAUGACAUCUGCAUCUAGCGGCACUAUGACAGAUAUGUCGUCUAUGGUCACUGAAACAGGAACGAUGACGGAUAUGCCCAUGAGUACUAGCGGUAUGGUAGCGACUGCUACUAGUGUUGUGCAGACAGCUCUGCCAGGAGCCGCAGCAAUGAGUGGUGUUUCUUUUGGUUUGGUGUUCAUCUCAGUGGCGCUUACUGCGUUGACACAGUUCUGAGGGGGCGUCUAUGGAGUAGUCAUGGUCAGUUAGGCUGUAUAAUUUCAGGGAUGUAAUCUGGGGAAAUUGAGUACACUCACAGCUGAACUUUUCAUUCUAUCGAUGGGUUUCGCGAAGUCUUUAGGUUUGGUUAGAUAUAAUACAAGAUUACGAAAACGAGAAUAAGGGUAUAAUGCAUCU